AUGUUCAAGGAAGAAGACAAACCAGCACAGCCGCCGCCUCCACCUGCAGCAGCAGCCACAGCCGGAGGAGGAGGAGGGAAAAUAUACUCCCGGUCAGUUUCCUGGGCGGGACGCUCGCUCACAAAUCCAACUCCCGGCAACCCUAAAUCACUCUGGAACAGCAAGGCUAGGGCAUGUUUGCCGCCGCUUCAACCUCUUUCAGUUUCCCGGCCGAAAGCCGAGGAGUGGCCAAGAGCAGGCUCCGACGAUCUCGGAGUUUGGCCGAAUGUCACCGCCACCACCCCCGGCGCCAGACCUAGACCUCCUGCUCUUCCUCUAAACUUAGGAAAACCCCCUUUAGAGUUCGAAUUUAAGAAAGACAAACUCGCGUUCUUCGACAAAGAGUGUUCGCGAAUCAUAGAUCACGUAUUUCUAGGAAGCGACGCCGUCGCCAAAAACCGCGACGUUCUUCGCCAAAACGGAAUCACCCAUGUUUUGAACUGUGUAGGUUUCGUAUGUCCGGAGUAUUUCAAAACCGAUUUGGUUUACAAAACGCUUUGGCUUCAAGACAGCCCGUCGGAGGACAUCACCAGCAUCCUGUACGACGUUUUUGACUAUUUUGAAGACGUUCGAGAGCAAAACGGACGUGUUUUUGUCCACUGCUGCCAGGGUGUUUCCCGAUCAACCUCCUUGGUCAUCGCGUAUCUCAUGUGGAGAGAAGGACACAGCUUCGAAGACGCGUUUCAACAAGUGAAGGCAUCAAGAGGGGUGACUAACCCUAACAUGGGUUUCGCUAGCCAGCUUUUACAGUGUCAGAAACGGGUCCAUGCUGUUCCGGUGAGUCCAAGUUCAGUUUUGCGAAUCUACAGGAUCGCUCCACACUCGUCUUAUGCACCACUUCAUCUUGUUCCUAAAUUGUUAGCUAAACCUAGCCAACAGGCUCUUGAUUCUCGUGGGGCUUUCAUUGUGAAUGUUCCUUCUGCUGUUUAUGUUUGGAUUGGGAAGAUUUGUGAUCCGUUGAUGUAUGAUAGUGCGAGGAUAGCAGCUUCUCAGGUGAUUAGGUAUGAAAAGGCAAAUGGGCCGGCUUUGACUGUUAAAGAAGGGGAAGAACCGGAUGAGUUCUGGGAUGCAAUUGGGAACGAAGGAGAUAAGGGUAUUCCUGGAAAAAGAAAAAUAGUUGAAUACGAUAUAGAUUUUGGGGUUUUCACCAAGGCGGCAAACAGCGGUGUGGUUCCACCGUUAUCCAUCUCCGGGAAGAACGAUUCCGAGAUGUGUCUGCCAGCUAGACGAAGUGGUUGGGAAAGAUUAAGGAAGAAGUUUACAACUGGAAUCAUGAAGGAGUUGAUUACCUCGUCUAUAGUAGUUGAGUCCCCGGAAUCGGAAUCACAAUCGCAAUGUGACUCGCCGGAUUCUUGUUCUUCGUUUUCCGAGGUUUCAGUUAGCCGGAGUUGGGUGAAGGCAACUCCGGGUAUCGGUUCUAAGGGAAGUGAAGAUGAUAAUAACUCGGAAUGCAUAUCACCAGAUUCUUUCUCUUCUUUUCUUGUUAAAGAUCCAAGAAAGUUUGAUGAUAAUAAUAACACCUCCCCCUUGAUCUCGCCUUCAACAUCUGAUUACUCCAAUUCGUUUUCUUUCUCACCAACAUCAUCUAACUGGUCUGACUUAUCUUUAUCUGCUCAACCUUCCCCUUCCGGAUUGGAAUCUGUGAAUCCGAUUCCGAAUAGGCCUAAAGUAAGAGAGAUUUCACCUCCAAAGAACCUGCUCAGGACAUGGUCGUUUUCCAUGGAGGAUCAAAGCAUGGAAGAUGCUGAAGAAGAGAGCUCGAGUGAUGCGGAUGAGCAUGAGUCAAUGUUUGAAGCUGAGUUUGUUCUUUAUCGGUGGCCUAGUAUGGAAAAAGUUGAAAUGGGUAGUAACAUGGGAAUUCCUGAUUCCAGAGGUGUGUAUAUAACUUAUAUUGCAGAUGUAGUAUAUAUUUGGGUGGGGCGAACAAGUGGGGAAGAUGAUGAUAACCAGUGGCAGAUUGUUGGUGAUGACUUCAUUGUUAGAAAAGGUCUGGCAACAAGCUCUAUUGUUCAGAUAGUGAGAGAAGGUGAAGAACCGGAGCAACUAUGGAAGCAUCUUCACUGUUUCUCAUUCCAGAACACAGGAGAGAAACAUUAGAAGCAUCCGAGGCAGUUUCUGCUUUUGUGAUGCAGUGAUGUAUGAAAAUGAAAAUGUUGGUUUAAUUUUUUUCCAUUAUGUGGGUGGGAAUUUAUGUACAGUUUCUAGUAAAAAAGAAAAGAAACUGGAUGGAAUCAACUUAUUCCUCGUUGGCUUUGUAUAUGUUACUAUUCUACAACAUGA